GUCAUGGCCUUGAAAAGAAGAAGGGCGACAUCCCCUUCGAGCAGUGUGAGCGGAGGUGAUUUUGACGAUAGCCAGCCUUCAUCAUUGGCGUCUUCAAGUGGGCGAAAGCGGAGAAGGGCCGCCAACAUCCCAACUGUAGAUCCUAUUGCUGUAUGUCAUGAACUGUACAACACAGUCAGAGACUACAAGGAUGACCAAGGGAGGAUGCUAUGUGAGCUUUUCAUCAGAGCCCCUAAACGAAGGAACCAGCCAGAUUAUUACCACGUUGUGUCUCAGCCUAUUGACAUGAUGAAAAUCCAGCAGAAAUUAAAGAUGGAAGAAUACGAUGAUGUCGAACAGCUCACCAGUGACUUUCAACUCAUGUUCCACAAUGCCAAGACAUAUUACAAGUCUGACAGUCCUGAGUUUCGGGCAGCCUGCAAACUGUGGGACCUUUACCAACGUACCAAGAAUGAGUUUGUUCAGCCAGGCGAUGAUGACGAAGAGGAUGAGGCCGAUGAUGCACAAGACUUCCCAAGCGGGUCGACUGAGGAUGAGAGUGUGCCGACCUGCUUGAGAGAUGUCCUUGAGCAUCUUCUCGAUGCUGUGGUGACAUAUGCUGAGCCCUCGGGACGACUUGUCAGCGAUCUUUUUCAGAGGCUGCCCUCCAAAGCGCAAUAUCCAGAUUAUUAUGCAAUCAUCAAGGAGCCCAUAGACCUGAAACUUGUCGCUCAAAAGAUUCAGAUGGGCCACUACAGGAGUGUUAAUGCUAUGGCUAAAGAUAUAGAUUUGUUGGUAAAAAAUGCCAAAACGUAUAAUGAGCCUGGAUCACAGGUCUUUAAGGAUGCAAUCACCAUUAAAAAGAUUUUUGCGCAAAAGAAAUCAGAGACUGAACAUGGAGAGCUAAUCAAGUCCAGCAGUCGUGUCAGGAAUAGGAGGUGUAUUCAAGGUGAACGUCUCUCUGCAAUCAGUAUGGCUUUGCAGUAUGAAAGUGAUGAGGACGGAAUACUUUUUGGGUCUGUUCACUAUGACGAGGGAGAGUCUGAGGCUGAGAGUUUGACCACAAACAUUGACAUGACGAACCCCAUCUUUCAGCUGUAUGAAGCUGUACGGGGUGCCAGGAAUAGCCAGGGCCUCCUUAUAUCUGAACCUUUCCUUGAGCUGCCCUCUAGGAAGGACUACCCUGACUACUACCAGCAGAUCACUCAGCCCUUGUGCCUCCAUCAGAUCAAGAGCAAGUUGAGGAACAAUGAGUACGACACCGUUGAGCAUAUUGACUCUGAUCUAACACUGAUGUUUGAGAAUGCCAAGCGUUACAAUGUUCCACACUCGCCUAUCUACAAACGUGCACUUAAAUUGCAGAAUAUUCAGCAGGUAAAGCGAAAGGAGCUAUUACAGCGAGAUGACGACGAUGGCGAUAGCAUGCUUUCCUGUGCCACAGCUGACACCACGAGCAUUAAGAGAAAAAGUCACAAGAAGAAUACAAAGAAAAACCGAAUGAAAGCUCUCUUUGCUUCUGUGACGGAUGCACGAGAGGCUGGCACUGGCAGGCGACUGUGUGACCUCUUCAUGAUAAAGCCAUCCAAGAAGGACUACGCUGAUUACUACAAGGUCAUCCUGGAGCCAAUGGACUUGAGGACCAUCGAGCACAACAUCCGUUCAGACAAGUACAUCAGUGAAGAUGCCAUGGUGGAGGAUAUGAAGCUGAUGUUUCGCAAUGCUCGACACUAUAAUGAAGAGGGCUCGCAGGUCUUUAAUGAUGCUGACGUCCUCGAGAAAAUAAUGAUGGAUAGACGCAGAGAUCUCGGGCCAGUGAUAGAUGAGGAUGCCAUGGUGUCCUCAAAAAUGAAAAUAAGAAAGGCAAACAUGACUCUAAAGAAAUCCAAGUAUCUUACACCUUUGCAACAGAAACUGAAUGAGCUGUAUGAAGCUGUCAAGAACUACACAGACAAGCGCGGCCGUCGCCUCAGCACAAUUUUUCUGCGCCUUCCAUCCCGUGCCGAGCUGCCAGAUUACUACAUAGCUAUCAAGAAACCAGUGGACAUGGAGAAGAUCAAGAGCCACAUGUUAGCCAAUAAGUAUCAGGAUAUAGAUGCGCUGGUGGAGGACUUGGUGCUCAUGUUCAACAAUGCAUGCACAUACAAUGAGCCAGAGUCUCUGAUUUACCGGGAUGCGCUAGUCCUGCACCGGGUGCUGCUGGAGACUAGGCACGCAGUGGAAGGAGGGGAGGACGCCUACGUGCCUGAUGUCCCUCGCCUCAUCCAGGAACUCAUUCGCAGCCUCUUUGUCUCUGUGCUCGGCCACCAAGAUGAUGAGGGACGUUGUUACAGCGAUUCACUGGCUGAGAUACCUGCUCGGGACCCAGCACACCCAGAAAAGGCCCCUCUCAAUUUUGAAAUCAUCAGAACGAAUGUAGAUGGAGGACGCUAUAAGAGGCUGGAUGUAUUUCAGGAUCAGAUGUUUGAAGUGCUGGAAAAGGCUAGACGCCUAAAUAGGACAGACUCUGAAAUCUUUGAAGAUGCUGUCGAGCUACAGCAGUUUCUCAUCAGGAUCCGGGAUGAACUGUGUAAGAAUGGCGAGAUUUUGAUGUCACCUGCUUUAAGCUAUACGUCCAAACAUCUGCAUAAUGACGUGGAUAAAGAGAAGAAGCAAAAACUCCCUAAAGAAAUGGAGGAGGACAAAAUCAAGAGAGAGGAGGAGAAAAUGGAAGCGGAGAAGAGGGAGGAAACAGUCGGGAAUCCGGUGCUGAGCCCACAGCGCACAUACAGCCAAGACUGCCGCUUCAAGGACAGCAUGUACUGUGUUGGAGAUUAUGUUUAUGUGGAGCCUGCUGAGCCAAAUCUGCAGCCUCACAUUAUCUACAUUGAGCGUCUGUGGCAAGAUGAUACCGGUGAAAAGUGGCUCUAUGGCUGCUGGUUCUACAGACCAAAUGAGACGUUCCAUGUCGCCACGCGGAAGUUCUUGGAGAAGGAAGUGUUUAAGAGCGACUAUUACAACAAAGCACGUGUCAGCAAGAUUUUAGGCAAAUGUGUGGUAAUGUUUGUGAAGGAGUACUUCAAACUUUCUCCAGAAGGCUUCAGGGCAGAGGAUGUUCAUGUCUGUGAGUCACGCUAUUCUGCCAAGUCCAAGUCCUUCAAGAAGAUCAAGUUGUGGACCAUGCCCUUGAACUCUGUUCGGUUUGUGCCAAGAGAAUGUCCUCUGCCUGUUGUACGUGUAGCAUCCAUAUUUGCCCCGAAAGAGGAGAAGUUAACAGAAGUCACAGAAGAAGCCAAAGUCACAGAAUGUAGCAACAUAGACAAGGGUACUAUGUUUUAUCUCCAGGAGAGGGAGGAUGUAACAUUAGAGAUGACCAAUGGAGAAGCAGGAUGCCGGUACUAUGAACAGCUCUGCUACAACAAUCUGUGUCUGAAAGUGGGAGACUGCGUCUACAUCAGCUCUCAUGGACUUGUGCGCCACCGAGUGGGCAGGAUUGAAAAAAUGUGGAUGCGAGAUGGAGCUGGAUACUUUUUUGGCCCAAUUUUCAUCCACCCAGAGGAAACUGAGCAUGAGCCUACUAAAAUGUUCUAUAAGAAGGAAGUUUUCCUGAGCAACCUUGAAGAGGCUUGUCCCAUGACUUGCAUCAUAGGGAAGUGUGUUGUGUCAUCCUUCAAAGAGUACCUAUCCUGUCGGCCAACUGAAGUACCAGAAGAAAACGUUUUACUCUGCGAGAGUCGCUACAUAGAAAGUGAGAAGCAAAUGAAGCGGUUCAAAGGGCUCAAGCGCUUUUCAUUAUCUGGAAAGGUGGUGGAGGAUGAAAUCUACUACUUUCGGAAGCUUAUAGUUCCCCAAAAGGAGCCUUCACCUUUGUUGGACAGGAAAAUUGAGGAACUGGAGGCUAAGUUUGCUGAUAUGACCGAUGAAGAGCUGGAGGAGCUAGGGGAUGACGACAGCGAGCUUGAUCAUUCUCUCCCUCGGAUGCAUUCUUCCAUGUGUAGUGAUAUGGAUAUCAUGGCUUAUACUCCCCCACAGUCAACCAAAUCGCUAAAGGGUCUUUCCAAGAAGGAGGGCUCAAAGCGGAAGAUCAACAUGAGCGGUUACAUCCUUUUCAGCAGCGAAAUGCGCGCCGUCAUUAAAGCUCGGCACCCGGACUUUUCCUUUGGCGAGCUGAGCCGCCUCGUUGGCACAGAAUGGAGAAACCUGGAAAGUUCAAGAAAGGCAGAAUAUGAAGAGCGAGCAGCUAAAGUGGCAGAGCAACAGGAGCGUGACAGGACCCAGUACACAUCCCCUAGAGCAGGUACCCCAAUAGGGGCACUGGUAGGAGUGGUGCCUGCUCCAACCCCCAUGGGGAUGCUAAAUCCCAGCAUGACGCCUGUGUCAGAAGGUAUGAUGGAUGCAUGUAGAUCAUCCAUGAAGCCCCUAGGAAUGGUUAGUAUGACCGACAUUCCACCACAUGACACGGGGGAGCCCUUUUACCCCCAGCGUCCUCUGCUCCCUAUGCCCGGGUUCCCUGGAAUGCCAUAUUUUGGCAUUAACGGUUUGGGGGGUGAAACUGGAGCAGGAAUGAUUCACGGAUCCCAGAUGGGUUCGAUGGUAACUGGACAACAGCCUCCCCCACCAUACCCAGGUCAAAGCCAGGGGGCACAGGCUGCCCUUCAGCAACCAUCCAGCCCACUGUUUGUGUCCCCUCCUGCCAAGGCCCAGAGGCUCCUCCACUCCGACGCAUACCUUAGCUACAUCGAGGGUCUAACGGCUGAGUCAUCUACUAUCAGCAAGUGGGACCAAACACUUUCAGCUAAAAAACAAGACGUACGCCUAACAAAAGAGCAAGAAAGUCGACUGCCAUCCCACUGGUUAAAGAGUAAAGGAGCUCACAGAACAAUGGCUGAUGCCCUUUGGCGACUGCGCGACCUGAUGCUAAGAGAUACACUGAACAUACGUUACACACACCAUCUGUAG